AAGAGAAGAGUCAGUAUUAUUAUGUAAGGCACUCCCCGCAUCGACGGAAGUACCGUACUCGACAUCAUGAUGGUAGUUUCGGCGUUUGACGUCUGUUUCCGAAGUUCUACACAUGCCUCGAGAGCUACCUGGAUUGUACUGGGAUGAAGAAAAACAACGUUACUUUCCUCUAGCUUCGUCUCGGAGGCUUCAAGUUGUAGGCCCCAGCACCUUACAUCCGCCGACCAAGGCGCAAUCAGCGCCUCAGACCACGGGGGAAUCCCACAACUUGAAAAGGCAUCUCGGAAACCGUUCUCUCUUGCGCACAAAGGAAGAUGCUAGGUUCAGCUUUCGCACCACUCAUAAAAACAAGUUGAUGCACCAGAUAUCGUGCUUACAAGUAGCGCAGACGUCCCAUGUUGCAUCAUCGUCCAUUCUAUCACUCACGUGCUGCGCUAUCACUGCCUUCCAGGCCGUAUCCUACAACAACAAUCUCCACAGUUUCGCAGGGGAUACAGGAGGAUGGUUUUACUCCUCAGUCAUUGGUCGAGACGAGCCAGUCACAGGGCACCACACCUCGCACGGCUGGCGCCCAGAGUUCAGUCUCUCCUCAGAGAUCUCUUCCAUAUGUAUAUCUGGUUCUCGCUGCAUUGCAACCUCGUUUGGCCCAGAGAGCAAGAUAUUGCACUUCCCCCUUGACUUGGACUCAGAAGAUAUCCGUGUGACUCGUGUAAAUAAUCGGUCUGUUCGUGACAUAUGGACAGCCGAUUUUCAAGGUACCCGUUUGGUGCUAGGUGCGAAUGACCAGGCUGUUGUCAUCGAUGAUGCUGCCGAUCGAGCGACUGUCUGUUUUAUGAAAACGGGUAGCGACGUAUUUGCCGUUGCUCAAGAUAAUAAUAUUAUUUAUACAGGGUCCCGCGCUGGCAUUGUCCAGCGGUUUGAUAGCCGCAUAGCUAGCACCAAGGGCGAUCGCAUUUUUAACGACCCAAGUACGACCCAGAAUAAUUCAGUGACCAACCUCAAGAUUUUUUACGACUGGCAACUUCUCACGAGUAACAUCGACGGAAGUCUGGCCAUGUUUGACCUCCGCUUCCCUAGCAAUCGGAAACCUAUAAUGUCGUUUACAGGAAAUAUCAACUCCUACACCACAAAGACUCCUAUUGCUGCUGAUCCCCAUGAACAAUUCCUCUUUGCAGCCGGCCAAGACCGCCGCAUCCGCCUAUGGUCUCUCCGUACAGGAGGCCCACCGCUUGUUUCGCCUGCUAGCGUGUUUCAGAAACCAUUCGAAGAUCCGGUCCGUGCGCUCCAAGUUGUUGAGGAAGAAGAGGGCGUUCUGGGCUUGUGGGCCACAUCGGGUGCAGCACUCUACAAGUAUAACCUAGGUCAAAGGAUGGAAGAAGAGUCUGAGGCGAUGCAGUGCUGAACACAGAUGCCAGCUUAUGUUUUUGCUCACAUUCAUACCCUGUUUUGCGUGUCAUGUUCCCAGGGAGGCAGCUGGGAGUCUCAUGAAGUUGCAGUCAUUCUACGAAGUCGCUCGUGAUGCGGGGUAUCACUGGGUGUGGGUUGACUCAUGCUGCAUCGACCACAAUAACAACGUUAAGCUUCAAAGGUCGCUCAACUCUAUGCUUACCUGGUACCGCGACUCAGCUCUCA